AUGGGUCAGGCUUUGACGCCUGGGUCUCAUACCGUUCCCAGUGCUGAUGAACCGGGGUUUUCCUCGUUCAUUGCGCAGAAUAAACUCCACGUCGACCACCUGUUGCGCGUGGUAAGCAGUGACAACGUUUACGCAGUGGGCGAUGUGGCUGUCAUUCCGGGAGAGUCCUGUGAUAAAACGGUACUGCCUGCCACUUGGUCGGCCGAUGCUGCGGCUAAGAAUGUCCUGAGAGUCAUUGACCACUCAGACGAGAAGCUGUACCCGUCGAUGCGAAUGCCCAAU